AUGACUUGUGUUGAAAGUCACUAUUAUGAAAAACUUUUUAUAUCAAUUAUAUUUCCAAUCAUUAUUGGACGUGCUUGUUAUUUAGCUGUAGAAUGUCGUGCAAUAACAUGGAUUCCUGCAUUAACAGAAUACUCACCUGUUUGGGUUGCUGUGUACAUGUGCAGUGGAUAUGCUUCGUUUCUUGUUCAUAUUUCCACGACAGGAAAUGAUGAUAUUAAAUAUUUAGCAUUUUUUGCAUAUGCUUUGCAAGUAUCGUUAUGUUGGAGUUUUACUGUAUUAUCUUAUGGAUUUCAAGCCAUCGAAUGGAGUUUUUAUGAAAUAUUACUUUUGGACAUCACAGCAGCAGUAUGCGCAAUAUCAUUUUACAGUAUAAAUCCAAUUGCUGGAAUAUUGUUUGUUCCAUAUAUUUUAUGGAAUUUAUAUGAAACGAUAUUUGUAUACGUCGUGUACCAGAAUAAUGGCCAAAAUGGAUCGCAAUAUUUAGAAAAUGGAGAUUUCGUCAAAACAGAAAUAAUUGUACAUGCUUAA